AUGGAUGGCCAACGAUAUUGCGCCAGCAAUGAAGCUACUAGAAUACCAGCGAGGCAAAGGUCCUCAUUUUCUUCGGUAAGAACAGGCUCGACAGCUACUACUUUAACAUCGGAUGUUGUCUUAGAGCAAAACAGUACGGAACCGUAUGCGGGAGCAACAUUUGAGACAGUGCCCAGUUCAAUUGUUUCGUUUCAUCAUCCACAUUCGUUUCAGUCGAGCAACAUACUGGCAAGCUCAAUAUCUUCCGGGAUAGGUGACAGAAGAGGCCGCAGAUUAGCCGAAGCAGAGUCACUGGUUCAGCCUUCAAGUGCAAGAUCGCGAAGCUCUUCGAAUAACCACCGUUUCAGAUUUUUCACUGAAGAAGAGAUAAGCAAUGCUGAGGGGGCUUCGACGCUUGAGCAUACCGAUUAUGACACGCGAUGGGAUUCCGUCCCUGCCUAUGAGCAGCAGCGCCUCCAAGACUCCCGGUAUGGAUCACAGAGGUCGUCUAUACAUAGUCCAAGAUCGUCUUUUUCAAACGGAAGCUUCUAUGGAUCCCUGCAAGAAAGAGGCCGCUCGCUGUCGAGGGCUUCUAGACAGUCGCAGCAUAGGGAAUUACCAUCAAAAAGAUAUUCGCCUUCGGUACAUUCAGCUGCAAGUUCGUCACGGUACAGUUUGAGAGAUAGAGUUCCGUCCGAGCUGGAGGAUCGUGCUGAUGGAGCGUUGGAUGAGGAUUCUGAUCAUUCCAUUGCGUCAUCGGGCAGUGAGGGUUCGAAUAAUCUUGGAGAUGAUGUUACCGGGCAAGAAGAUUCAAAUGCAUAUUAUAAGAAGUCCUCAACUCAUGCGGAGUACCUGAAACCGCGCUAUCAUGAUAAAUUCUAUCCUGACCUUCCGUCGCAACAGUACUACCAGAGGUUUUAUAUCUCGGAAGAGGAUCUGGUGAUAGGUAUCGCUGGCUACAAAACUUCACGUUUGAGAUUUUGGCUCUUUAGAGUUCUAUGUCUAAUCACUGGUGGCCUCUUUUACCUGCUGAUGAGAUGGAUGCCAUAUUAUAAAGUUAAGAUUUAUGGUAUUAAGGUACCAUUGGCAACAGCUGAGUGGGUCAUAGUAGAAAGUGAAUACGGCGAUUUCAACUGCAUAGAGGUGAAGAGGCAAUGGUACAAUAGGCCGAUGAGUACUCUACUGCCCAUGGCGCCGUAUCCACCGGAACCAAACGGCAGCUCCUACUUCAACAUGCAUCGAAUCAGUGAACUCAACCCCAGCAUUCCCAUUCUCAUAUCUUUUGAGUAUAGGUACAUUACAUUCAUUUAUUCACCGUUAGAGGAUAUUUUCAGAACCAAUAAUAAUUGGGCGGACCCAGAUUGGACGGAUUUGGCUUCUGUACAUCGGGGUCUGACCAGGGGGGUAUGUGAAGAUCGUGUUCUCGCCUUCGGAAAGAACCAUAUCAAUUUGAAGGUGAAGACAACCUCUCAAGUUUUUUUCGACGAGGCUCUUCAUCCUUUUUACGUUUUUCAACUCUUCUCGAUAGUUUUAUGGUCGCUCGAUGCUUACUUUUACUAUGCGGCCUGUAUCUUUUUGAUAUCAAUAUUCUCCAUCGUUGACACUUUGAUUGAAACCAGAAAGACUUCCAAGCGCCUUGCGGAGAUGUCUCACUUCAAUUGCGAAGUAAGGGUUUUCAGGGAAGAGUUUUGGACUCAUGUUAACUCGUCAGAAUUAGUACCAGGUGAUGUAUACGAAGUUUCAGAUCCGGCCCUGAGUAUUUUACCCUGUGACUCCAUUCUACUCUCAGGUGACUGCAUAGUCAAUGAGUCUAUGCUCACCGGAGAAUCGGUGCCCGUUUCAAAAAUCCCGGCGAACCAGAAGACCAUGAACCAGCUAUUGCUCGAUUUUCAGGACACGCAGAUUUCCAGUAAUGUUUCGAAGUCGUUUUUGUUCAAUGGAACCAAGAUCAUCAGAACCCGCGUUCCCCAUGGACAAUCAGCUGCGCUUGCAAUGGUAGUCAGGACAGGCUUUUCCACUACAAAAGGUUCGCUCGUGCGGUCGAUGGUUUUUCCUAAGCCAACAAGUUUCAAAUUUUAUGAGGAUUCUUUCAAAUAUAUUGCCUUUAUGGCCAUCAUUGCCAUGGUCGGCUUUUCAAUAAGCUGUGUGCGUUUUAUCAAAAUUGGCUUAGACAAGAAAACGAUGAUUUUAAGGGCGCUGGAUAUCAUCACAAUAGUCGUCCCGCCCGCAUUACCUGCUACAUUGACUAUUGGCACAAAUUUCGCCUUGAGUAGGUUAAAAAAGAGAGGGAUUUUUUGUAUAUCACCAACCAGAGUUAAUGUAUGUGGGAAAGUUGAUACUAUGUGUUUUGACAAAACAGGCACGUUAACUGAAGAUGGUCUUGACAUCUUAGGAGUUCAUGUCUCGCAACCGUCCUCCCACAAUAGCUUCCAAUUCAGUGAUCUCAAGCAAAGCAUUGACAAGGUGUUCCCAAAGUUUUCUCUGAAUGAUUGCAAUUCUCCAUCAGAUUUCCGAGCAAGAAGCUUCUUAGUUGCGUUGUUAACAUGCCAUUCAUUGCGUUUAGUUGAUGAUGAGCUACUUGGGGACCCAUUAGAUUUCAAAAUGUUCCAGUUUGGAGGUUGGUCUUACGAAGAAGAUCUGCAAAAACAUGAGUUCCAUUCUAUGUAUGAUCAAAGACAUGAGGGCGACAUUUUUCCCGAAAACACUACCAUUAUACCUGCUGUGGUCCAUCCGAACGGAAGUGAUCCGAAUAAUCGAUUCAUCGACAACGAUCCCCACAAUUUUCUGGGAAUAGUGAGAAGUUUCGAGUUUCUCUCGGAGUUGCGUAGGAUGAGCGUUAUCGUGAAGCCUAACAGUGACGACGUCUAUUGGUCUUUCACCAAAGGUGCACCAGAAAUAAUAGCAGAGAUCUGCAAUAAAAGCACAUUACCAAAGGAUUACGAAGCUCUCUUGCAUCACUAUACGCAUGCAGGUUAUAGAGUUAUUGCUUGUGCAGGGAAAACUUUACGCAAGCGAACAUGGCUAUACUCGCAGAAAGUAACGAGGGAAGAGGUAGAAUCAAACCUUGAGUUCCUUGGCUUUAUUAUCUUUGAGAACAAACUGAAAGCCAAGACUGCAGAGACUUUGGAAACUUUGCGCAACGCGAACAUCAGGACCAUUAUGUGUACGGGAGAUAAUAUUCUGACGGCGAUUUCUGUGGGCAAAGAAUCAGGUCUUACCAACUGCGAGAAAGUGUACGUCCCAGCUCUUGUCGACAAUCCGCGUGGCGAUGGUCCGCAGAUAGAGUGGCGAGAUGUCAACGACUCUGAAAAUGUGCUGGAUAUGAGAACCUUGAAAGCGGAGGACGGCACGGAAGACUACACUCUUGCCAUCACAGGAGACGUGUUUAGAGUUCUUUUCAGAAAUGAUAGUGAAAUAUCCGAAGCGUACAAGGAAGAGGUCCUGAUCAAAGCUUCCAUAUACGCCAGGAUGUCUCCCGAUGAAAAGCAUGAGCUGAUGGAGCAAUUGCAGAAGCUUGACUACGUCGUUGGGUUCUGUGGUGACGGCGCAAACGACUGCGGUGCCCUAAAAGCCGCCAACGUGGGAAUAUCGUUAUCGGAGGCCGAAGCCUCUGUGGCAGCCCCUUUCACCUCACAGGUAUUUGACAUUAGCUGUGUUAUAGAUGUGAUCAAGGAGGGCCGUGGUUCCCUGGUCACCUCCUUUGCUUGCUUUCAAUACAUGAGUCUCUACUCGGCGAUUCAGUUCAUUACCGUCACCAUAUUGUACUGCCGCGGGUCGAAUCUUGGCGACUUCCAGUUUCUCUACAUCGACCUUCUGCUAAUCAUACCACUCGCUAUCUUCAUGUCGUGGUGCAGGCCGUACCACACUGUGACAAAGAAGAGGCCCAGCGCCAACCUGGUGUCGCCCAAGAUCCUCGUUCCGCUCGUACUGAGCAUCGCGAUCUGCCUGCUGUUCCAGGCGGUUCCCUGGCUCCUGGCACAGAACAGGAACUGGUACCAAAAGCCGAUUGUCGGCGGAGACGACAUGGUCCAGUCCUCGGAUAACACCGUGCUCUUUUUUGUAUCGAAUUUCCAGUACAUCCUGACAGCCGUGGUGCUGUCGACGGGUCCGCCCUACAGGGAGCCGGCGUCCCGGAACAAGGGCUUCAUAGCGGACGUCGUCAUCUCUGUCGCCCUAAGCAUCGCGCUGAUGUUUGCAUCACCAGCCUCGUUCUGGGGCCGACUAUUCCAGCUCACGACCGUCACUACCAACUUCAAGCUUUUCAUCCUGGCAUGGGCACUGGCCAACUACUACUGCAUGCUACAAAUCCCGCCGCGGGCCAAGCGCUACUUCAAGAAGAAGAGAAGCAACAAGAAGUACAAGAACCUGCUCAAAGACAGAAAUGUAUCAUCCAUUGCCGUAUAG